AUGUGGCUCGGCUUGACCACCGAGAAAGUAAGCUUGGGGAGUGGAGUCCCACGAGACUGUGUUCUCCACAGGAACAGCGUCAAACAUUCGUUUCGCGUCCUCCACGCGCCCAUUUGCCCCAUAGGCCGUGACAAUGGUAUUCCACGAGAAGAGGUUCCACGGCGGCAUCUUCCGAGACGGGGACUGCGAGAGUUCUAUCCCCGCAAUCUCGCCAUAAGCCUGCACCAUUCCAUUCCAGGUCCUGUGAAGCAUGGAAUGAAACAUACCGAUCGCCUCGUCCAUGCUCCCGUGGCGAAUGCUCGAGGAGAUGACGACGUUCCAGCAGAAAGCUUCCCAGCCCUGGAGCUCACCGUGCUGCGCAUACGCAUUGUGUUCCAGGAGGUGAGUGCCUUCUCCGUCAUCAUUGACUACGUCCGAGGAGUGAAGCCCCUCCGCCUGGCCGAUGUGCCCGAUUACAUGCAGGGCGAGAAGGUGUGGAAGGAGAUUUGCAUCAAACGCUCCCCCGUCGUGAAGCGCGCGCGAUGGGUCCUCGUCAAUUCCUUCUACGACCUCGAGGCGCCCACCUUCGAUUUCAUGGCCAGCGAGCUCGGACCUAGAUUUAUCCCCGCGGGGCCACAGUUUUUGCUCGACGAUUCCAGGAAGAAUGUGGUGCUUCGCCCCGAGAACGAGGAUUGCCUUGGCUGGAUGGAUGAGCAGGAGCCUGGAUCGGUGCUCUACAUCUCGUUUGGCAGCGUCGCGGUGCUGAGCGUGGAGCAAUUCGAGGAGCUCGCGGGAGCUCUCGAGGCAUCGAAGAAGCCAUUCUUGUGGGUGAUUCGACCUGAGCUGGUGGUGGGUGGUCACUCGAACGAAUCUUACAAUGGGUUUUGCGAGAGGACCAAGAACCAGGGAUUCAUCGUUUCCUGGGCGCCACAGCUGAGAGUUCUCGCCCAUCCCUCCAUGGGAGCGUUUCUCACGCACUGCGGAUGGAAUUCCGUCCAGGAGAGCAUCGCUAAUGGCAUUCCAAUGCUGGGGUGGCCUUACGGGGGCGAGCAAAGCACCAACUGUAAGUUCAUAGUGGAGGACUGGAAGAUCGGGGUUAGAUUCUCCAAGACUGGUGCAGGGAUUGAUCGAGCGAGGAGAGAUUGAGGCCGGCAUAAAAAAGGUGAUGGAUAGCGAGGAGGGGAAGAAGAUGAAGAAGAGAGUGGAGAACUUGAAGAUCCUUGCGAGGAAAGCUAUGGACAAAGAGAAUAGGAAGUCGUUUCGUGGCCUCCAGGGAUGGCUGGAAGAUCU